UAUGUUUAUUUCGCUCCCAACGGCCAAAUUUUCAUCUGUAACCUCACUCCCUUGUUUGUUCGUCUGCAAUGGAAGCGAGAUUCAUCAACCAAAUUCAAAUCCCGAAAAACCCUAAUCGCAGAUUCACUCGUCCUCCCCACGAUUUCCCGCGAUUUAUCAGAGCUUCUUCUUCAACCUCACAGGAGCCGAAAAGCUACAGAGGUCCGAAACCGAGCAAGAACUUGGUGGCUGAUUUCGUUUCCAGAAACGACGACUCGGUCCGGAGCCUGCCGAUCUACGUCGGAGGCGCUUCCCUCUUGGCCGUUCUCUUCAAUCGCGCUCUUUCCGGUAUCGCUCCUGUUGCCGAUGCCAGCAGCUCACAGUCAAGAGCGGAUCUUCUGGCGCUUGGGUUGGCAGUAACCAAUUUAUUGACCGGUUUAGUCUGGUUAUCUAUCCGACCAAAGACCAUAACACCAAUAGAACCUGAAGGUGUGGACUGCAAAGUCUUGGAACCCAAUCUUCCUGCAUCAAUAGUCUCCGAGUUGUUAUGGGCUUGGGAAUCUCUUAAGGUGGCAACAUGUUGUAAGUCACUGGUUAUUGUCUACAAUGGCAUCUGCCUUAUUCAAAUCGGGAUGGCUGCUAAAUCUCCGGAAGAUAAGAAAGCAGUCGUUGUAAACACUGAUAAGCUGAUGAACGGAUCGGUUUACCAAGGGGUAAUGAAAUCAAAAGCACAAAGUUACUUGGCAAAUCUUUCUCUUUAUCCUGGGAGAUCAGAGCUGCCAUUUCUGCCUCCAAAUACACAGGCGGUGAUUUUGCAGCCUCUUGGGGAUAAAGGAGUCGCAGUUAUUGGGGGAAACACGAUUAGAGGCUUCACGUCUUCAGACCAGGCAUGGAUAUCUUCAGUUGGGGAGAAGCUAGAUGCGACAUUAGGGAGAUGUUUUGUUGAUUCGAAUGAGAGUUCCCAAGAAACAGAUCAGUAAAGGUAACACAAAAGUCAGAAAACAAUGUAAAGAACUUUGAUCAUGUGUUUACACAAAGUGGAAAUGUAAAAAUAGCUUCAAAGAAAUCAUGAAGUGUGUUUAGAGUUCA